UGCUGUAGAACGUUAUGGAGGCUCAAGUCUAAAGCUUCCAUAACAACGCAGCGCGAAAAGGUCAUAUGCGUGACUAUUAGGAAAAUGUAAAGUUUAUAUAAUUUGCUGCGUGAUUUCCCAUCUUAUCUAACACCUGGAAUAACAGUUUUGUAUUUGCCGACCAAGACUUCUUGAAAAGAUGGCAUCUCCAGGCAGGUAUACCAAUGGCAUUACAAAUGGUGAUGGAACAGCCAAUGAGAGACUUGAGCCGAUCAGACAAAGAACCAAAAUUGGCGGCAUUGGCCCAGAUGGAUAUCCAAGAUUACCGCCAAUCAAACGACCAGUGGUCUCCAAAGAAGAUCCAUAUGCAAAUAGUAAACUGAUGAACUUCAGGCUUGCUAACCACAAGCAAGCUUUACUCAUGCAGAUCCUACAAGACACAGCCAUGAAGGCAAUGGAUGAAACCCAGGAAGCAGUGGAACUGACGCCUGACAAACCCCCCAGCCCAGACUACCCUGAGGAGAAACGAAAAAAAAGCAAGGAAGAACAAAUUGCGAUGAUGAGUCCUGAGCGGCGUGUCCGGCUAAACUACCAGUUUCUGCGUGGCUGUGUGGAGAGUGGCCCUAUCACCCCCAUGCAGGAGGAGUGGGACUCACACAUACUCAGGAUGGUGCCAGAACACCUCCGACAGGCUGCCGAUCUCAAGGAAUACCUCGCAGAGUUGUUUGAAGAAAUCAGGAAAGACUACUAUGGCAGUAUGAAGAAGUCUAUGGUUCAGCAUGUGCUGGUCAAGCCUGAAGUGAAGGGUCUUGAACUGGACUCUGCCGGACCUCCCCCAGCAGAACCACAGGGUCUUGAUUUCUCACGGCCAUGGCAUGAAGAUUACCUUGACAACCGGCAGACAAUCCGCACCAACCUGCACCUUUUGCACCCGUCCAUGCAGGUGGUGCUGAAGAUGUGCCAGACCACACUGGGGAACAUGAUCCUUGUUGACGUCUCGUCGUACAGAGCAAAUGGCCCAAUGGAGUUUGAGAGCCUGAAGAACAAUGUUAUCUUAGACCUAGAGAAAGCAGAAGAGAGGCUCAUGCACAGCUGGCACCCAGCUGUCAUCAACGUCUUCACAGACAAGAACAACUUCACCAACAUCAAACCAGAACUAAUGGACUCCUUCUAUGCCAAUGUCUCCACACUUGUCUCAAACCAGCUGAAAGACCUGUUGGUGCGGACAAUCGAUGCCUUCGUUGAUGUGUUUGAGCCAGAAAACCAUCUGCUGCUACCAAUUCUGAAGAUGGAACUGACCUUUGAUGACCGCAAGAUGCAGUUCUACCCACCCGUGGAGGAUCUGGAGGAGACAGUUCUGUUUGUGGUCACUCAGAUCACCAAGACCAUGCAGCACGUGCCCACUGUCCAGUCCUGGCUGGCUGGUGGUAACACAGUCACUCACACCGACGUCAGUGUUGCUGACCACAUCCUUCAGGCUGCCAUCAAAACACUGAAGGCAGCGGUCAAACGAUACUUUCAGGCUCCUGAAGAGCAUUUACAAUCAUUUGUGAGAGGAGAUUUUACCACCAUUGACCGGUAUGACUACAUUGUGAAUGGCACUGCUCUGAAAGAGAUCCAUGCCUACAUGGCUGAGGAACACACGUUUGCUGAAUACACAGAGCAAAUUGAGAAGUUCCGUAACCUGGCCAGUGAGAUCAUGGGACUUCCAAGCAUCGAGCAUUUCGCUAUUAUCCGCCUCGACUGUGAAGAUCUGAAGCGGGGCUUGGCAGAAGCUGCUCGAGGAUUGGCUGAUGAGUUGUUGAGUCGUGUUUCUGCAGAUCAUCGGUCGGAGAAUGAGAGUAUCUGCAAGGAGUUCCAUACUAUGAAAGAGCGAGCCCUGCGGCAGCCAGAGACCAGUGAGGAUCUCAUGGACAUGGUGUCGUUUGUGGAGAAGGCUCGUACAAUGGGCAUGAUCAAACUCAAUGAAAGGAUCAAGGAAUCUAAAGACCGCCUUGCGUAUCUCAUAGACGUGUUCAUGUUUACGCCUGAAGAUAUUGAGCUCAACUGUGAGGUGCUUACCUGGCCAACAAGAAUCAACCCUGUCUUUGAUUCCAAUGAUGAGCUUGUGGAGAGUUCCAAACAGAAGGGAGAGAAGCAGCUACUGGAGAAGAGAGAGAGGGUGAUGAUUGAGCUGGAGAAGCUACGACAGCGUGUCGAUGAGUUCAACGAGAAUGGUGAGCUGGACAUGAUGCAGCAGUAUGUGGCGGAUGUGCGCGGUGUGCAGCGCCGCCUGGUGGAUGUGCAGGAACAGAUCACCUGGAUCAAUAAGGAGGAAGUGCUCUUCAAGUACCCAGUGACCACCUACCCAGAUGUUGACGAGAUCUCCUCAUCACUUGACCCCUUCCAGAGGCUUUUCAAUGUUGUACUCAAAUGGCAGAGGGCAGAGAAGAGAUGGAUGGAUGGAGCCUUCCUGGAACUGAACUCAGAGGCAGUGGAGGGCGAGGUAGAUGAGUACUGGAGGGAGACCUACAAGAUACAGAAGGUCUUCAACCAGAAAGUAAAGAAGAUGCAGAUGGAGAGGGAUGAGCUUGAGAGAGAGAGGAAGAAGAAGCGGCGCACGGCUGAGGAUGGGGGUGACGAGGCCAAGGAUGAUGGUGGUGAGUUCCACCCACCACAGUCUCUGGCCGUCUGCAACACCGUCAUGGACAAUAUGAAGGACUUCAAGGAGUUCAUCCCUGUAAUCAGCAUCAUGUGCAACCCUGGUGUGCGGACACGCCAUUGGAAGCAGAUGUCAGACAUAGCUGGCUUUGACCUCACCCCAGACUCUGGUUCAACACUUAGGAAGGUCCUCAAACUGAACCUUGACCCUUACAUGGAGCAGUUUGAACAGAUAUCUGGAGCUGCAUCCAAGGAAUUCUCCUUGGAGAAGGCAAUGAACAAGAUGAUGGAAGAAUGGACAGGAAUCAACUUCAACCUCAUUCAGUACCGGGAUUCUGGUGUGUCCAUCCUGGCAUCCGUGGAUGACAUUCAGACCACGCUGGAUGACCAGAUCGUCAAGACACAGACUAUGAGAGGCUCGCCCUUCAUCAAGCCAUUUGAGAAGGAAAUCAAGGUGUGGGAAGAGAAACUGAUGCGGACGCAGGAGACGAUCGAUGAGUGGCUGAAGGUGCAAGCGCAGUGGCUGUAUCUGGAGCCCAUCUUCUCCUCUGAGGACAUCAUGCAGCAGAUGCCGGAGGAGGGGAGGCUGUUCCAGAUGGUGGACAGAAACUGGAAGGACGUCAUGAGGCACACUGUCAAGGAUGCCAAGGUGAUGGCAGCUGUGGGCAUGCAGGGGCUGCUGGAGAAGCUGGUGGACAGCAAUGGUCUGCUGGACAAGAUCAACAAGGGGCUGAAUGCUUACCUGGAAAAGAAACGUCUCUUCUUCCCACGAUUCUUCUUCUUGUCCAAUGAUGAGAUGCUUGAGAUUCUCUCUGAGACCAAGGACCCAAUGAGAGUCCAGCCACAUCUGAAGAAGUGUUUUGAAGGCAUUGCCAAGCUGGAGUUUGAUGAUAAGCUGGACAUCCACGCCAUGUUCUCCAGCGAGGGGGAGAAAGUGAAGUACUCCACUGCUAUAUCUACAGCCGAGGCGCGGGGUGCAGUGGAGAAGUGGCUACUGCAGGUCCAGAACGUCAUGCUGCUGUCUGUACAUGAUGUCAUUGCUGCUGCUGUUGAGGCCUACCUGAUCUCUCCCCGCUGUGAGUGGGUGAAGGAGUGGCCGGGCCAGGUGGUCUUGUGUGCAUCCCAAGUUUACUGGACACGUGAGGUGCAUGAGGCUAUCCGGGGAGGACCGCAGGGGCUCAAGGACUACUGGGAGAAAUUGCAGAUUCAGCUGACUGAUGUUGUGGCGCUGGUCCGAGGCAAACUGACCAAGCAGCAGAGAAUCACACUGGGAGCUCUUGUGGUUAUAGACGUACAUGCUCGGGACGUGGUGCUGGACAUGUCCAAUAAAGGUGUGGCUGCGGAGAAUGACUUCAACUGGUUGUCCCAGCUGCGCUACUACUGGGAGGAGGAGAAGAUGCUGGUGCGCAUCACCAACGCAACUGUCAGAUACUGUAACGAGUACCUUGGCAACUCCGGCCGCCUUGUCAUCACUCCUCUCACAGACAGAUGCUACAGAACACUGGUCGGAGCAUUCCAUCUCAAUCUGAACGGAGCGCCGGAAGGUCCUGCUGGAACAGGGAAGACGGAGACCACCAAGGAUCUGGCAAAGGCUCUGGCUGUGCAGUGUGUUGUGUUCAACUGCUCCGAUGGUCUGGACUACAUUGCUAUGGGCAAGUUCUUCAAAGGUCUUGCCUCAGCAGGAGCAUGGGCAUGUUUUGAUGAGUUCAACCGUAUCGACCUGGAAGUGUUGUCUGUGGUUGCACAGCAGAUCCUGUGUAUUAUCCGUGCGGUCCAGGGCAAGGUUGACACAUUCAUGUUUGAAGGAACAGAGCUCGCCUUGAACCCCAACUGCUAUGUUUGUAUCACCAUGAACCCUGGCUAUGCUGGCCGCUCUGAGCUGCCAGACAACUUGAAGGUGCUCUUCAGAACUGUGGCCAUGAUGGUGCCAGACUAUGCCAUGAUUGCUGAGAUCUCAUUAUAUUCCUUCGGCUUCCUGGAUGCCAGAAAUCUGGCUGUGAAGAUUGUGACCACCUACCGACUGUGCUCGGAACAACUGUCCUCCCAGUUUCACUACGACUAUGGUAUGAGAGCUGUGAAGGCCGUGUUGUCAGCCGCAGGUAACCUCAAGCUGAAAUAUCCUGAUGAAGAUGAAGAUAUCCUGCUUCUGCGAUCAAUCAUUGAUGUCAACUUACCCAAGUUCUUAUCCCACGACAUCCCACUGUUCAAUGGUAUCAUCUCCGACUUGUUCCCUGGACUCCAGCUGCCAGAGGCCGACUACAAGCUCUUCCUUGCUACCAUGCAGUAUCAGUGUGAGAAGAAGAACCUACAGUUUGUGGACUUCUUCCGGGAGAAGAUCAUCCAGACAUACGAGAUGAUGAUAGUGAGACACGGCUUCAUGUUGGUGGGGGAGCCGUUUGGCGCCAAGUCCAAGGUGCUGGAGGUGUUAGGGGAGGGCAUGACACAGCUCAGUGAGGAAGGUCAUGAGGACUUCGAGAGGGUCAUCACGAGGAUCGUCAACCCAAAAUCCAUCACCAUGGGCCAGCUGUUUGGACAGUUUGAUCCCGUCUCUCAUGAGUGGACAGAUGGCGUGGUCGCCAACACAUUCAGGGAGUUUGCCUCCACGGAUACCCCCGACAGGAAGUGGGUCAUAUUUGAUGGCCCCAUCGAUGCCCUGUGGAUUGAGAACAUGAACACUGUUCUGGAUGACAACAAGAAGCUGUGUCUCAUGAGUGGCGAGAUCAUCCAGAUGUCUUCUGUCAUGAGUCUCAUCUUUGAAACCAUGGAUCUCUCGCAGGCCUCGCCUGCCACGGUGUCUCGGUGCGGUAUGGUGUACCUCGAGCCAACAACACUGGGCUGGAGGCCAAUAGUCAAGUCUUGGAUCCACACCUUCCCUGAAGUGCUGAAGGAGAGUGCGGAACUGGUUGAUGCCCUGUUCGAGUGGCUUGUGGACCCUUGCCUCAACUUUGUUAGGAAACACUGCAAGGAGUAUGUCCCCACAAGCCCCGCCAACCUGGUCCGUUCUCUGAUGUAUCUCAUCGAUAUGUUGAUGCACGGGUCCAUCAACAAAGACGAUGCAGCUGACAACAAGCACAUCAAAGUGUACCUCGUGUCGGCUGUCCUGUUUUCCACACCAUGGUCUAUCGGAGGAGUGGUCGAUGUUGACGGCAGACAGAAGUUUGAUGUGUUCUUCAAAGAUCUUCUGUCAGGAAAGUUUGAGGAACACCCCUUACCCAAAGUUCUUGGAAAGAUCGAGGUGCCCUUCCCCAGUGACAACAUGGUGUACGACUUCAUGUAUGAGCAAAAGGCUCGAGGUCAGUGGCGUCACUGGAAUGACCUCAUCAAGGGAGCUGAGGUGAAGAGUAAGAAGAUCCGAGAGAUGCUGGUCCCGACCAUGGACACUGCAAGAUAUGCCUACCUCAUGGACCUGUGUAUAGAACAUGGACGACCCCUGCUAUUUGUGGGCCCAACAGGAACAGGCAAGAGUGUGUAUGUCCAGGAGAAGAUGAUGAGUCUCUCGAAGGACCGCUACCUGCCAACAUUUGUCAACUUCUCUGCACAAACCAGUGCCAACAUGACUCAGAACAUCAUCAUGUCCAAGCUUGACAAGCGGAGGAAGGGCGUGUUCGGACCACAGAUGGGCAAGAGAGCCGUGAUAUUUGUGGACGAUCUCAACAUGCCAGCUAAAGAAGUGUAUGGCGCCCAACCUCCGAUUGAAUUGCUUAGGCAGUGCAUUGAUCAUGGAAACUGGUAUGACCUGAAGGACACCUCCAAGCUGACGCUGCAGGAUGUGCAGUUCCUGGCAGCCAUGGGCCCCCCGGGCGGAGGCCGCAACCACGUCACCCCCAGGUUCCUCCGACACUUCAACCUGGUGGCCAUGAACCCCUUUAAUGAGGACACGAUGAUCAAAAUCUUCUCCACACUCAUGUCCACUUACUUGAGGGGUCAGGAGUUCUCUGCUGACUUCUUCUCUGCGGGGAACAACAUAGUGCAGGCUACCAUGGAGAUGUACAAGCAGGCAAUGGCCAACCUGCUGCCUACACCAGCCAAGUCCCAUUAUGUGUUUAACUUGAGAGACUUCUCUCGAGUCAUCCUGGGCGUCUGUCUUAUUAAGAAAGAACAAGUAGAGAAUAAACGACAGAUGAUCAGGCUGUGGGUGCAUGAAGUUAUGAGAGUGUUCUAUGACCGUCUCACUGAUGAUGGUGACCGAUCAUGGCUGUUUAAGACUGUAGGUAGCUUGGUGAGAGAACAUUUCAAGGAGAGCUUUGAUGGAGUGUUUGAACAUCUUGCUAAUGGAGGAGAGGGUGGCAAGGACGAGGUACAAGAGCAAGACCUGCGUAGUUUGAUGUUUGGGGACUACAUGAACCCUGAUGCAGAGACAGAGGAGAGGGUGUACGAGGAAGUCAAGUCGCUGGACGAGUUUUACAGAGUGGUGGAGCUUUGUCUGGAGGAGUACAACAACACCCAUAAGACCAGGAUGAACCUUGUCAUCUUCAGAUAUGUAUUGGAGCACCUGUCCCGCAUCUGUCGUAUUCUGCGUGUGCCGGGGGGCAACGCCCUGCUCGUGGGGGUUGGGGGCAGUGGGCGGCAGUCCUUGACCAGAUUAGCCACGGCUAUGGCUGGCUACAGCAUCUUCCAGCCAGAGAUCUCCAAGAACUAUGGCAAGGUUGAGUGGAGGGAAGAUCUCAAGAGCCUACUCAAGAGUGCUGGAGCCAUGGGCAAGACAACAGUGUUCCUCAUCACGGACACACAGAUUAAAGAGGAGUCAUUCCUCGAGGACAUCGACAACCUCCUCAACACAGGAGAAGUGCCCAACCUCUUCCCCACAGACGAGAAGGCAGAGAUCAUGGAGGUUGUACGUCCGUUUGCUCAAGCCGGAGACAAGAACGCAGACUUCAGCCCCCUUGCCUUGUUUGCCUUCUUUGUGAACCGCUGUAAGGAGAACCUCCACAUCAUGAUUGCCUUCAGCCCCAUUGGCGACGCCUUCCGGAACAGACUGAGGCAGUUCCCCUCCCUCAUCAACUGCUGCACGAUAGACUGGUUCCAGCCUUGGCCAGAGGAUGCCCUGGAGAGAGUGGCCAACAAGUUCCUGGAAGAUGCUGAGAUUGAGGACCAACAGAAAUCUGACUCUGUCUUCAUCUGCAAGUACUUUCACCAGAGUGUGCGGGAGCUCUCAGACAAAUUCCUGGAUGAGCAGGGUCGACACAACUACGUGACCCCGACUUCCUACCUGGAGCUCAUCUACUCCUUCAAGUUGCUGCUGGGCAAGAAGCAGGAUGAGACGAUGAAGGCCAAGAAGAGAUAUGUUGUUGGUCUAGAGAAGCUAGCCUUUGCAGCAUCACAGGUGGCUACUAUGCAGAAGGAGCUGGAGGAACUGCAGCCGCAGCUGGUGAAGAGCUCCGAGGAGAAUGAGAAAAUGAUUGUAGUCAUUGAGAAGGAGUCAAAGGAGGUAGAGGUGACAAGUCAGAAGGUGAAGGCUGACGAGGCAGUAGCCAAUGAGCAGGCGGCAUCAGCCCAGGCCCUGAAGGAUGAAUGUGAAGCUGACCUGGCGGAGGCUCUUCCCGCCCUGGAGGCUGCCCUGGCUGCCCUCGAUACACUAAAGUCAUCUGAAAUUACGAUUGUAAAGUCCAUGAAAAACCCUCCUAAUGGAGUGAAGGUUGUGAUGGCUGCUGUGUGUAUCAUGAAAGACAUCAAGGCAGACAAGAUCAAUGACCCUGACAAGCCAGGACAGAAGAUCCUUGACUACUGGGGACCUUCCAAAAAGUUGCUGAAUGACAUGAACUUCCUCAACAUGCUCAAAGUGUAUGACAAGGACAACAUUGCUCCACACAUAAUGCAAAAGAUCAGAAAGGAGUACAUAGGUAACCCUGAGUUUGACCCAGCCAAAGUAGCCAACGCUUCAUCUGCUGCAGAAGGUCUGUGUAAGUGGAUCCUGGCCAUGGAGAUCUAUGACAGAGUUGCCAAAGUUGUUGCACCAAAAAAAGCCAAGCUGGCAGAAGCUGAAGAUGAACUGAAAAAAACCAUGGCAUUGUUGAAUGAGAAGAGGGCAGAACUUGCUGCUGUGGAGAAACGUCUGGCCGACCUGAAGUCCACAUUCCAGGAAAUGACAGAGAAGAAGGAGAGACUGUCUACCCAGGUCGACCUGUGCGGUAAGAAGUUAGUGAGGGCUGAGAAGCUGAUCGGAGGACUCGGUGGUGAAAAGGAUCGGUGGACAGUGGCUGCCAAUAACCUGCAACAGAUCUACAACAACCUACUGGGCGAUGUUCUCAUUUCUGCUGGAGUCAUUGCCUACCUCGGUCCAUUCACAUCUGCAUUUAGAGAGUCCUCCACAACUAACUGGGUCAAAAUAUGUACUGAGAAGAAGAUUCCAUGUUCUGCAGAUUUCUCCCUUAGCAAGACACUUGGGGAGCCCAUCAAGAUCCAAGCCUGGAACAUUGCCGGCCUGCCUAAAGAUAGCUUCUCGAUAGAUAAUGGUGUCAUUGUGGCCAACUCCAGGAGAUGGCCUCUGAUGAUUGACCCUCAGGGUCAGGCCAACAAGUGGGUGAAGAACUCCGAGAAGGACAGCAACCUAUCUGUCAUCAAGCUGAGUGACGGAGACUAUAUGCGGACACUGGAGAACUGCAUCUCCUUUGGGAACCCCCUGCUGCUGGAGAAUGUUGCAGAGGAGCUGGAUCCCUCCCUGGAGCCCCUGCUGCUGAAACAGACAUUCAAACAAGUGUCGGCUGGCGUUGACAUGAUCCGACUCGGAGACAAUGUGAUUGAGUACAGCCAGGACUUCCGCUUCUACAUCACCACCAAGCUCCGCAACCCGCACUACCUGCCUGAGAUUUCCACCAAGGUGUCACUGCUCAACUUCAUGAUCACCCCAGAGGGUCUGGAGGACCAGCUGCUGGGAAUAGUGGUGGCCAAGGAGAGGCCUGAGCUGGAGGAGGAGAGACAGGCUCUGAUUGUGACAAGUGCAGCCAACAGGAAGCAGCUGAAGGAGAUUGAGGACAAGAUCCUGCACACUCUGUCAGCCUCUGAGGGCAACAUUCUAGAGGACGAAAGUGCCAUCCAGAUCCUCGACUCCUCCAAAAUACUCUCUGAUGAAAUCUCCAAGAAACAGAAGAUCGCAGAGGAGACGGAGAAGAAGAUUGAGAGUUCUCGUAUGGGGUACCGACCAAUAGCUAAACAUUCCUCCAUCUUGUUCUUCUCCAUCGCUGACCUGCCCAACAUAGACCCUAUGUACCAGUACUCCCUCAUCUGGUUCGUCAACCUCUUCGUCAUGUCCAUACAGGACAGUAAUAAGUCUAAGAUCUUGGAGAAGCGUCUUCGCUACCUGAAAGACUAUUUUUCCUAUCAGUUGUAUGACAAUGUCUCUCGGUCCAUAUUUGCCAAGCACAAGUUGGUGUUUGCGUUUCUCCUGUGUGCCAAACAAUUGCUAGCUCGUAACGACCUUGACCUGGAAGAGUUCAUGUUCUUCCUUACCGGUGGUGUGGGACUGGACAACAAGCUGGCCAACCCAGCACCUUCAUGGCUGUCUGACAAGAGUUGGGAUGAGAUCUGUCGCCUUUCAGACUUAAAACAUUUCAAAAAGUUCAAGGAGCACUUCAUGAAGAACAUUGACAAAUGGCGUGAGUUCUACAACAACAAGGAACCGAACAAGGCGGAGCUGCCAGAUCCAUAUCACUCUCAGCUGAAUGAGUUUCAGAAGAUGAUUGUGCUCCGCUGUAUCCGUCCAGACAAGAUUGCUCCGGCCAUCACAGACUUUGUGAUGGACAAGCUUGGGAAGAAGUUUGUGGAGCCUCCACCAUUUGACCUUGCCAAGAGUUAUGUUGACUCCAACCAGACGACCCCUCUCAUCUUUGUCCUGUCACCCGGCGCUGACCCCACCAUGAGCCUGCUCAAGUUUGCCGAUGACAAGGGAUAUGGUGGCAACAAGUUUAACUCCAUCUCCCUUGGGCAGGGACAGGGUCCUAUUGCUUCUAAGAUGAUAGAGAAGGCCCGGGCAGAUGGUACAUGGGUACUGCUGCAAAACUGUCAUCUGGCUGUCUCCUGGAUGACUGCCCUCGAGAAGAUAUGUGAAGACUUCAACACUGAGAACACUCACCCCGAGUUCAGACUGUGGCUCACCAGCUACCCCUCAGACAAGUUCCCUGUGACAGUGCUGCAGAACGGUGUGAAGAUGACCAAUGAGCCUCCCACUGGCCUCCGCCAGAACCUGCUGCAGUCCUACCUCAACGACCCCAUCAGUGACGAGGAAUUCUUCCGGGGAUGUCCCGGAAAGGAACUGCAAUUUGAGAAGCUGUUGUUUGGGCUGUGUUUCUUCCAUGGCCUGGUGCAGGAGAGGAGGAAGAUGGGCCCCAUCGGCUGGAACAUCCCUUAUGGCUUCAACGAGUCCGAUCUCCGGAUCUCUAUCAGACAACUACAGAUGUUCAUCAACGAGUACGAUGAAGUGCCGUAUGACGCUGUGUCCUACAUGACUGGGGAGUGUAACUACGGAGGUCGUGUAACGGACGACUGGGACAGGCGAUGUCUGCUCACCAUCCUGGAUGACUUUUACAACGCUCACAUCAUCAUGGACCCCAAGUACAAGUUCUCUGCCUCGGGUGUCUACUUUUCCCCUCCUAAAGGAUCCUACAAGGACUAUGUACAGUUUAUUAAGAACCUGCCCCAGAACCAGCACCCGGAAGUGUUUGGUAUGCAUGAGAAUGUGGAUAUCUCCCGAGAAUUGCAGGAAACUAACCUACUGUUUGCCUCGGUCCUCCUGACACAAGGUCGUUCUGGUGGCGGAGGGGGAGGGAAGACAGAUGACAAACUUUCCGACAUUUCAGCUGAUAUUCUCGCAAAGUUGCCAAGUGACUACGACAUUGAAGAAGCCACCAAGAAGUUCCCAGUUGUGUAUAGUGAGAGCAUGAACACUGUGCUGGUGCAGGAGAUGGAAAGAUUCAACAGACUGCUGACCAUCAUCAGAUCCAGCCUGCAGAACCUGCAGAAGGCCAUCAAGGGGCUGGUGGUCAUGUCGUCUGAGCUGGAGGACAUGGCUGGGAGUCUCCUCAUCGGACGCCAGCCGGCCAUGUGGGCCAAGCGCUCAUACCCCUCUCUCAAACCACUGGGCAGCUACAUCACAGAUUUCCUCGAAAGACUGAAAUUCUUACAGAACUGGUAUGACGGCAGCAAGCCCCCGGUAUUCUGGGUGUCUGGCUUCUUCUUCACUCAGGCCUUCCUCACUGGUGUCAUGCAGAACUACGCCAGGAAAUACACCAUACCCAUCGAUAAACUAGCCUUUGACUUUGAGGUUUUAGUCCAUGACACUCUGAGUGAGGCACCUGAAGAUGGAGCUUACAUCGUCGGUCUGUUCCUGGAUGGAGCCCGCUGGGACAAAAACAGUGGCUGUUUGACUGAACAACUGCCAAAGAUUCUCAAUGAUGCUGUUCCCAUCAUCUGGCUGAAGCCAUGUCUACAGGAAAAGAUUGAUGUGUCCAACAAGCGCUACAAAUGUCCCGUGUACAAGACCAGCGAACGUCGGGGCACACUGUCGACCACCGGUCAUUCCACCAACUUUGUGAUGGCCAUCCUACUGCCCACUGAGAAGCCAAUCCAACACUGGGUCAAGCGGGGCACUGCUCUCUUGUGUCAGCUCAACAACUAAAACAUGGACAAAAUACUUGAGUUUACCACUGAUGUCCAGCUGAACACAAACAUUCCAGUUCUAUGUUGACAUGUAUGUUGAAAUCAAUCCUAUUUAUUUUGUUACCAUUGUUCGUUGUUACUGAAAUUAUAAUAACAUUUAAAACAUUAGUAAUAUGCAUUCGCUAAAGAAAAUUCUGCCAAACCAAAUGCAGCCUGAAUGUUAUGCAUAAUUUGAUAUUGAUUUUGAAUGUCAAGUGUUUUAUUUAUUCUGAUAUUGAGGAAACCGCAAGCACAGUUACUUAUAUUUACACAUACACAGCAUUUUCAAAAGAUUACAUGUUGUUGAGCCAUAAGAUCGAAAAUUUCAUAUCUUUUUGGCCCCUGAUCUCUCAGGAGUAUUUAUUCAUUGACAAAUGUUUACAUGGUACAUCUUACACAAAAACUAAAAGAUUGUCAGUUUGUGACUAUACCAGUGUGAUAUAUAACUGAAGCACCGCCCAGAUGAACAGUAUUACCUCCCCUCCCAACCUUCAGUUGUGUGCAGUAGAUAGGGGACUUGACUCCAACUGUGAUAAACAAGUCAACAACACAAAAUAUACAUUUAGUUUGGUCCACAUUUGGUAACAGACUUACAUGUUUUAUGCUUUGUUUGUGUUCUUUUUAAGUGAAACUAGCAUUCUCAAGUCUUCAGUGCAGUAUUUACUUAUACUGGUCACACAUAUAUUUUACAGGUUUUGGUGGAUAUACAACCUUGAGUGCUGAAAAUCUAACAUUUCCAAAUGUAUUGUGCAUAUGAGUACUGAGUGCACCAACAACUGACUUGUUUGUAGGUUGUGAUGUAGCAGGCAGGAGCUUCAUGAGUGUAUAUGCAGUUUCAUUGAAUUGUAUAAUAAUACUAACAUCUUUCCAGAGUUUAUAGUUUUUAUAUCUGCUUUCCGUCCACUGUACAUGUGUAAAUAAACCAAUGGGAGCUACUCCUGUCUUGUACACACAGAUAUACAUAUAUUUACUAUGUUGUGUGUUCUCCACCAUACCACUGUGAUAUGAGAUGUUAAUAAAAUAUAUACAUAACA